AUGGCCAUGUUCUGGCGCCCAAACAUUACACUAUCAUCCUUCACUUCUCGCUCAAAGAUCUCGACGUCUUCCUCAGCGUGCAGGAACCUGUCCCGCGUGGCAGUCGCCAUACUCGCACUGGCAGUCAUCGAGUUCUGCCUGAUCAGGGCCCCGGAGCCUCAAGGCCCAGGCCCUCGCGGCGAGGAAGAGCCCGGCUUCCUCCUCCAGAACUUCACCGGCAUUGCCUCCAGCGGCCACGCCGUCAGCGAGAUGUGGGAGUCUUCCGCUGUGGCCCUCGUCGUGCCCCUCUUCAUGUACCUGUCCUCGAAGAGCGGCGGCGACAAGGCUCGGGCGAAGGCGGGACAGCCCUCGGGCGGUCGCAAGCGGCUGUCGUCCGCCGAGUCCCUGCAGCAGGGCGGGGAUGCCCCCUCGCUGGCGCUGCCCCGGCGGCAGGGGGGCCCUCAGCGUGGCAGCGGCAGCGGCAGCGGCAGCAGCAGCCCCCGCAGCGAGGACAAGUCCCCGGUGGCGCAGCACCAGCGGCAGCCACGCCUGCCGCCCGGCCGACCCCAGCGCACCCCCAGCCGCGCCUCGCUGGAGGGCACCGAGUUGCCCGAGGACGUGUUCGCGGUCGACCUGGGCGACGUGGGGGACAAGGCGGCGGCCUCCGCGAUGAGCGGAAGCCUGCUGCGACUGCACGCGGCGGCGAGGGUGGGCGACGCGGCCACCGCCGAGGCCAUCGCGUCCAAGCUUAUGGCCGACGGCACGCAGAUGCCGGUGGUCGGAUACGGCGCCCUCAUCAGCGCACACGCGAAGGCGGGCGACGCCAUGGGCGCGGAGCGUUGGCUGAACGAGCUCAUCAGGACGGGCGUCGGGAAGCCCAAUACCAUCUGCCUCAACAUCACCAUCAGCGCCCACGCGAAGGUGGGCGACUUUGUGCGGGCCGAGCAGUGGCUGCAGAGGAUGCCGAAGCUUGGCGUCGAGUCCGACGCCAUGAGCUACAACGCUGUCAUCGACGCCUGUGCACGGGCGGGCAACCCCGGCAGGGCGGAGAUGUGGCUGCAGUCCAUGUGGGAAUCCUCGGUGACGCCGAACGUUGUAAGCUACUGCUCGGUCAUCCACGCGUGCGGCAAGGCGGGCGAGACGGCUCGCGCGGAGGCCUGGCUGGAGCGCAUGCGCCGCGACGGGGUGGAGCCGAACGCGAUCUGCUACAACGCGGUGAUCCACUCGUGCGCCCGCGCCGGGAACGACGACCGCGCCGCAGUGUGGAUUGAGCGCAUGAUUGCGGACGGCGUGCAGCCGACGGUCAACACGUAUAGCACCAUUCUGGACAUCCUCUCCAAGAAGGGUGACGUUGAGGCCGCCGAGGACUGGCUGCGGCGCAUGGUGCGGGAGGGAGUCGCCCUGGACGCGGUGAGUUACAACAUGUUCCUGGGCGCUUGCAACCGCACCGGCGAUGUCGACAGGGCGCAGGCCUGGUUUAAGCAGAUGCGCGAAAGGGGGGACAAGCCCAAUACGAUGAGUUACAACCUCUUGCUGAACAUGUACGCCCGGAAGGCCGACUUCGCGGGCGCGGUGGCGUGCAUCCAGGAGAUGCACAAGGACGGCGUCGUCGCCGACAAGGUCAGCUAUAACACGAUCAUCAAGGCAUUCACUCGCAGCGGCGACGUGGCCGGCGCGGAGAAUUGGUACCGCGAGAUGGCCAAGGCGGGCCUGGAACCCGACGUCGUGACCUUCAACGCCAUCAUCGGCACUUGCGCCAGGGCCAAGGACGCCGUCCGCGCGGAGAGUUGGCUGAAAUACAUGAUCGACGAAGGAGCCGUCGAGCCCGACACGGUGAGCUACACCACUGCCAUUGACGCCUGCCUGCGCGUGGGCGACACGACGAGGGCGAACGCGUGGCUCCACGCGAUGGAGAAGGCGGGCCUCCAGGCCAGCACCAAAAUAUACGGCACGCUGGUGCACGCUCUCGUGAAGUCAGGCCACGUGUCGGGCAUCGAGGACGUGCUCCAGAGGAUGUUGGACGCGGGUGUCGCCCCGACGAAUUCCAUGUACAACAGCCUGAUCGGCGCCUGCGCCAAGCAGGGAGACACGAGCAGGGCUGAGCGGUGGCUCGAGCAGAUGCUCGGCAUGGGCAUCGAGGCCGACGUGAUCAGUUACUCCACGCUGAUCCACGCCUGCGCCAAGAGCAGCGACCUCCGCCGCGCCGAAGGCUGGAUGGCGCGCAUGCAGAAGGCGGGCGUCAUGGGCAACGUGGUCACGUACAACUGCCUGAUCAACGCCUGCGCAAGGGCUGGGGACGGGGCGCGUGCAGAGGAGUGGCUGAGCAAGAUGCAAGACGCGGGUCUCCACCCCUGCGCGCUCACGUACAACUCCGUGAUCAACGCCUGCGCAAAGUCCGGCGACCUCCUCCGCGCCGAGAAGUGGCUGGCCGAGAUGCAGAAGCGGGGCGUCAAGCCAGACAGCGUGAGCUACAGCACGGUGAUCCACGGGUGCGUGAAGUCCCACGAGCUGCCCCGCGCCGAGAGUUGGCUCGUGGCCAUGAAGGCCGCCGGGGAGCCCCCCAGCCAGUUCUGCUACGACACCGUGAUCCAGGCGUGCGUCCACUCCGGCCACACCGCGAAGGCGGAGCGCUGGCUCGGCGAGGCGCUUGGCGUCGGCCUGACCCCUGGCUCCGCCUCCUUCACGAGCCUCAUCAAUCGGUGCACCCGCGCCGGCGAGCUCGACAAGGCCGAGAAGUGGGCCCAGCGGAUGGAGGAGGCCGGCCUCGACACCUCCGGCCCCUACCAGUCGGUGGCCGGGGCCUGGGCGCGCCAGGGCUGCGAGGCGCGCGGCGCGCGGCUGCUGGAGCGCGCCAGCCUGGCCCGGCGCCCCUGCCCGGCCAAGCGCGCGUGA